GUUCUUUGCUGAGAACCCAGGUAGGUACAGUGACAAGAAGACGUUUGAGGACAAGACCCAGGCUUCCUUUUGGGGGGUCGACUGUUGCGGAGUCUCCGGACUCAUUCGAGCCAACCCUGCUCGGUACUGGCCCUUGGUGCUGAUAACCGUGCGAGUGCUUCAGUUGGGUCUUGCCACCAGGAGUUUGCUUGAAAGCCUGCUCGGCUCUUGGGUUUCGGUCUUCAUGUUGCGCCGGCGCAUGCUCAGUUUGGUGGAGUUGUGCUUCGCUGCUGUGCGCGGUGGGACGGCUCAGUCGAUCCUCCGCUUGAGCCCUGAGCUGAAAGCUGAGCUUGCUUCCUUCGUGUGCUUGGGCCACCUGGCAGUGGUUGACUUGCGAGCCCAGCCGCUCACUACUGUCAUUGCCUCUGAUGCUUCAAGCUCCUGGCAGGCAGCGGUCUCGGCUGAAGUUGCUCAGCCCGUCGUUGAGGAGUUUCAGCGACACUCGCUUCAACGAGGCGCGUGGACAAAGCUGCUCGCACCGCCCAGUGCUUGGCUCAAGGAGCACAACCUCCUGCAGCCCGAGGCCGAGCUUCCGGGUGACUUCGAGUUCGUUGCAAACCCCGUCGCCGAGUGCCUUGCUAGAGUCCCGCAGUACAAGACUCGUUGGCGGCGCCAGUACACACGUCGUAUGCAUAUCAACGUCGCCGAGCUCGGCGCAUACCUUCACGAGGAGGCCAGGAAGAUCGGCCUCGUGGAUUUUGAACCGCAGGCUGCGCGCAUCGCUUGCCCCGCUUUUGGGCUCGUACGUGCUCCCUCCAUGCCGAAGCCUGCUUGGUGGACUUCGCUUGAAACGGGCGAGGUUCAAGGUCCGGAGGCUUUUGAGCAGGACGACCUGCUUCUGCUUGGCGGGUCGAGGCGCGCCAACAGGUCAGAGGUCUCCAGGCCCAAGUUCGUGCAGCAAGCG